CAAAUAAAUAUCGAAGAGCUUGAUAUAACCUUUCAUAAUAUUCGCAAACAUAAAUGACACAAAUAGGAAAAUUAUAUUGAUUGUAUGCCAAUCAAUCAAAUCUUUUUCUUAAACGUAAACGAGUACAAUAGAAAUAAUCGUAAAAAGUGUAGCUUGUGUGCCAGAUAAAAAUGUGUGACUGUCCGCAAAAGCAAUACGACAAAACUAUUGAGAAAAUCGGUCCAGAAACUGUAACUCUUUUUUCGAAGUGUCCUACACCGUAUCGUCCUGGAAAAGAUAUCCUUGAACAUACAAUUCCCAGUGGAUCUGAUCGGAUGCCAAUCGAUUCCGUGCAAUCCAGUAGCAGUGAUACGAUGUACGAUUCUACGAAAGUAGAAUCUACUUUGUCAAUAGAUACACAAUCUUCCAGUGAAUCAAGCAGAAUAUAUAAAUUUGUUUGUCCCACAAAAUAUGAUUAUUCUGAUGAAGAGAGUUUUAAAUUGUCACCGGUCUGUAUUGAGACAAGCAGAAUUAAGGAGACCGUUGAAGAGGAACCAGAAAUCGAAUAUACAUUGGCCAUAAUAAAACCGGAAGCAGUGAUUUAUAGAAAGGAAAUCGAGAAUCAAAUAUAUGAGGAGGGAUUUGAGAUUUGUCAGACUCGUUGGCUGCAACUGACACCUGAACAAGCUGCAGAGUUUUACAACAAUCGCUUCGGCGAAUUAAGUUUUCCUAAUCUGGUGGCAUAUAUGUCCUCAGGAUCUAUUAUAGUAUUCGUAUUAGCAAAACAGAAUGCUGUUGAAGAAUGGAAAAGGAUUGUAGGACCGACCACGGUAACAGAAGCGCGUUUGUAUUUUCCUGACAGCAUUCGAGCGAGAUACGGUCGCAAGGGAGAUAACUUAAAGAAUGCUAUCCAUGGCAGCUGCAAUCGCGAACAGGCCGAGAAAGAAAUCCAUUUUUUCUUUCCUAGAUUCAUAACUGAACCUGUGCUAAGAGUCGAGAUGGCCGAAGAUUUUUUAUGGGAAACUAUUAACCCGGUUCUUGUCGAAGGUUUGACAAUGUGUUGCAAGCAAAAACCGGCCGAUCCUGUAUUGUGGUUAGCGCACUGGUUGAUCCUAAACAACCCUAACAAGCCUAAAUUACCGGAAGAUCUCGCUUUAAUUCCGACAUAAUUUUCUCUGAAUCAUUUCAUAUCGCAGACCUGUUCUACACUUUAACGCACGACACCCGCAGUCUUACC